AUGUAUCGUCCGACAGGCCCGGCCAACCUUCCCCACGAUGUAUGGACCUUAAUUGCUGGAAGGACCGCAGCACAGUCCGUCAGGGACUUGUGCAGUCUCAGGAUGUCGUGCACCGCUGCACGUAAUGCAGGGGAUGAGGAUUCCGUUUACAGAUGCGCCAACAUUCCAAUUUGGGACCAGCGAUGGUGGAGUGUGAGUCCCAUCCACCAUCCGGGAAGAAACUUCUUAGCGCGAUGCAGGCAGAGUGGCCACGUGGAAGUUCUGUUUCGGUCUGCGGUGUCUGACCUUUUCCUAGGCGGGUGUCCUUUUGCGGGGAUGGAAACCAUGCACGUUGUCGCAGCCCAUGGCCAUGCCGCAGCCCAGUACGUAGUGGCGAUGAUGCUGAUGCUACGCGACGACACCGAUUCUAAGAACAACGGCUUACAAACAUUUCGUGGGCUUGAGGCGGCCGGUGCCCUGACAAACUGCAAAUUGGUGUUCCGCGGCGUUGUACAGGGGACGUGGAGACACCUUCGUCGCGUGCCGAUGCUAUACGAAGAGAAUCAACUCUGUUCUUCGCAUGCAUGUCCAAGCCGUGGGAACAUGGGUGCCAUUUACCGCCAUCAACGCUAUGGAAGAGGCUGGGACGUAAACGACGGUGACGGAGGUGCUGCUCAUAUUCCGUGCGUGCAUUGUAGGGCUGAUUAUGAAUUGAUCCUGUUUGCCCACCUCUUUGAUUUAUUGGAUAGGAAUGGGUUCUCAAUAUUUUUUUUGGUCAUCCAAUGUAAUAUAUCUAUUAUCACUAUUAUGUAA